CUCUGUUCUUAUUCAAAGUCAAAAUCAAAGUCAAAGUCAGCUUUAUUGUCAAUCUCUCCACGUCACAACACACAAAGAGACCGAAAUUACGUUUUUCUCUAUCCCACGGUGACGAGACACAUAACACGAUAGACAUACAAGUACGCGACACAAUAUAAAAACAAGAAGGCAAAAAAUUCAAACAAUCAAUAGUAAGAGUGAUGAAUAAAUAAUAAAUAAACAGAUAACACAAUAAAUAAGAGGAGCAAAACGGAGCCAGCAAGCAUAGCGCAAAAGUAAAAAACAUCAUAAACAAAAAGGCACAAACAAUAAAUAAUAAGAGUAAUAAUAAAUAAUAAAUAAACAGCUGCUGUUUAUAACAUCUGCAUGACAACAUAACAUCCACCAGGUGUCAGUGCUGAGCGACAGUUACUGUGUCUCGUCACCGUGGGAUGGAGGAAACGUAAUUUCGAUUUCUUUGUGUGUCUUGGCAUGAAGGAAUUGACAAUAAAGAUGACUCUGGUAUUAUUAGCCAUAGGUAAUGUCGUUAUGUGCGUCGAAGCAAGCACCAUACGUUCAGAGGACAGCAGUUUAAUAAACUCACACGAGGAUUCAGAGAACAAAAUAUAUCACUUGGUUGCGUUACAUCCGGGGAGCGAGAGCAGCUUCUUCGUCUCAGCUACGGUAGCCGUGCGGGACAUUCUUUUAGCACAAUACACAAUCAUGCAAUUAUCUACAUCCUCUCCUUCUAGAACAUUGCCUCUAUAAAAAAUAUUGUUAACUAAAAAACUGUAAUAUACAAAUGUGACAUGACAGUCUAUCAAUAAACAAUUCUGCGUAAAACUGGCAGCAUAAAACUUACUGAAUUAACAAAUUAUUCCUCUUGGAAAUGCACGAAGGUACACUUGGUAAUAAUAACAAGUAUGUAAACAACCUUAGAGCUUAACUUUUUUUUUUCAAAACGCAACUAACAAACAUGCAGUUCAAUCCUUGUACUUCGGAUUCGGCUUAGAAAUCCGACCUGAGCGAGUCACAUAAGCAGAACAAUUGUGUGACACUCGGGUGGGCACAUCAGCUGGAGAUGUUGUCGAUUGCUCAUUGGUGGAGUAGUGAGCAGAUGGUUGAGAGAAGUGAGACGGUCGGGCAUGUGGACUGGAUAGAAGAGGGUCCGGCGGACUCGGAACCGGUGGUUGAGAGUGAUGGUCAGAGUCGGCGUGCAAAGGUGGGGUUGGUUCAGCAACAGGAAGGAUGUGACGGCGAUUCCUCCUGUAGAUGCCUCCGUUGGAUUCAACGAUGUAGGAGCGCGGCUCUUUGCAAGCCUGAACCACUUUCCCGAGGCGGUCAUAUCCCUCUGCAGUCUGUAACCGGACAAUUUGUCCUCUCACAAGUGGCACCAGAGGGCGACUUGUUGCAUCAUAGUACUGCUUUUGAACAAGUCUUUUCCUUUGAAGCUGAGUAGCAACUUGUCCUGCACCCUUUAUUGUAGGCACAAGCAGAGUGUUGUUGACAGGAAAGGUAGAACGUGUCUGGCGAGACAUGAGACGCUGUGCAGGUGAUCCAAGCGUGUUGUCUCGAGGAAUGUUCCUGAGGUUGAGCAGGUUGAGAAAAACAUCUGUUCCAUCUCGGUGUGACUUUUCCAUGAGCUGUUUGGCACUGCGGACGGCACGCUCGGCUAAUCCAUUUGACUGCGGGUAUCCGGGACUGCUGGUAACUCCGUGGGCUCAGAGACGGGGCAGAUGACUCCUUUGCUUGUCAUGUUAUCAAGUUCAGCUUUAACACGGGCCUGCAUCGCCAAGGGGACACGGUGCGCUGGACGCACGACUGGCUGUACAGCUGGAUCUACUACCAUGGAGAACACAAAGAAAGAAUACGAUCUGUCAAGAGCGCUGCAGAUGGUCAAUGACUUAGAAGCCUCUGUGAACUCCAAGGACGCGUCUUUGGCGACAGCGUCAGGAAAAAACCGUCGCCUUCAGAGAAAAAACCAAAGCCUUGAGACAGAAAACCGAGAUCUGACGAUGCAGGUUGCCAAGCUCGAGACCAGCUUGGAAGAUGCCCAAAAUCAGCUGCAGGAUGAGAUGCCCAGGAGGGUGGAUGGAGAGUAUCGCAUUCAAACCCUUAAAAAGGAGCUGGAGGAGUUGCGCGAGGUCAAACGCCAGCACGAGUCUUGCAAGGUGGAGUUGGAAAACGCCCGCCAGCUUGCAGCCCGUGAUGAGAAAGUGAAAGAUCUGGAGCAGGCUCUGUCUACAGAGAGGGACGUGAAGAAGCAGUUGGAGCAGAAGGUGGUUGAGUAUCAGAAGCUAAUCAAUGUCCAGCUAGCGCUGGAUAGUCCACACAGGAAGGAGCUUGACAGCGAGGAGGAGAGGGUACGCCCGACCACGUCGGCCAGCGGGAAGAGGAAGCGUCCCAACGAAACCGACAGCGAGGGUGUGAGCGUGCCCCUAAACGCUGAGGCUUGUACUUUCAUCGCCCAGCCGGCCUCUGUUAGCGGGCAGGUCACUGUGGAUGAGGUGGACGAGGACGGCAAAUAUGUCCGACUCCGCAAUGACGGAGAUGAGGAUCAGAAUUUGGGGAACUGGCAGGUGAAGCGCCAGGUUGGAUCUUCUGCUCCCAUCGCAUUCAAGUUUCCCGCAGAGUUCAUCCUGAAGGCCGGCCAGAGAGUCACGAUCUGGGCGGCUGACGCUGGCGGAAACCACAAUCCUCCCUCUGAUCUAGUCUGGGAGACACAGGCCAACUGGGGAACCGGAGAUCAGUUCCAGACUACCUUGAUCAACACUAACGGAGAGGAAAUGGAGAUAAGCAAAGCCACUGCCACAAAUUUGGAAGAUGAUGAUGGAAAUUCCGCUUCCACCCUGGGAUAGAGGAAUUUCGGUUUAUUUGUGUGUCAAGCAGACUUUGACUUUUGACAUGGUCAC